AUUUCGUGAAUUUGUUUUCUUACAUUGUCUCUCUCUCUCUCUCUCUCUCUCUCUUUCCUUUUCUCUUCCAUAGCUAGAAUUUCUAGAGAUCACAAAAAAAGCUUAACUGAUGGUGAAGGUAACACAGAGAUUAGGCGGGUUGGUGCUAAGAUUUGCGGCAUUUUGCGCUGCAUUAGGGGCGGUUAUCGCAAUGGUCACCAGCCGCGAAAGAUCUUCCUUCUUUGUCCUCUCCCUAGUGGCUAAGUAUAGCGAUCUGGCAGCGUUUAAGUACUUCGUGAUCGCAAACGCGAUUGUUAGCGUUUAUAGCUUUCUCGUUUUGUUUCUUCCGAAAGAGAGUUUGCUGUGGAAAUUCGUAGUUGUCUUAGACUUGAUGGUGACGAUGUUGUUGACGUCAAGCUUAUCAGCAGCGGUGGCGGUAGCACAAGUGGGGAAGAGAGGAAACGCAAACGCAGGAUGGUUACCAAUUUGCGGCCAAGUGCCAAGAUUCUGCGAUCAGAUAACCGGAGCUCUGAUCGCCGGUUUAGUCGCACUUAUCCUCUAUGUCUUCUUGCUCAUUUUCUCUAUCCACUCCGUUGUCGACCCUUUUCUUCUCCGAAAAUCUUGAAUCAAAUAAUAUUAGAAAUUCUAAGACCAAAUACUCUGCUCUUCUUUUUCAAAAAAAUACUCUGCUCUUUUCUUUUUUUUUUGGUCAAACCAAAUACUCUGGUCUAAUUAAGCAUACAUAUCUAUAUAAUUUUUUGUAAUU